AUGAAUACUGCUCAAUUAGACGUGGUAAAGAAGGCUGAGGCCACCGAAGAUCAUGGAGAGGCUGCUACUUUGUAUAUUGGUCUGCUGAAUGAUUUAGAUAGUACGUCAACAGAAUAUUUUGAUACUCUAUUCAAGUUGGCUCGUGAAUUGUACCAACAUGGUGUAAAAACAAGUGAUAUACUGCCAAUGGAUGAUGAAGACUUCUCUUCUGGGGAAGAAGAAGGAGAAGAGGAGGAGGAAGAAGAAGAACAAGAAGAAGAAGAAGAAGAAGAAGAAGAAGAAGAAGAGGAGGAGGAGGAGAAGGAAGAGACAAAUAUCAAUACAAGAUUAUACCAAUUCAACAACGAAGAAGAAGACUUGGAAGAAGAAAAAGAUACAAUAUCUAAUUGUUUAACGCAAGGCAAUUUGUUUGAAAACUCAAUUGAUUUACUAAAUGAGUGUCUGUCAAAUGCCAACGACGACAAACAAAAGUUGUGUCAAAUAUACGCUUUAAUUGGAGAUAAUUACCUGGAACUGGAAGACUUCAAGAACUGUGUCAACAGCUAUGAAAAAGCGAUUUCGUGCUUGAAUCCAAAAGACGAUUUGAAGAAGAUCGUUGACUUACAUUUGAGAGUUAUUGAUUCGUUGAAAUGGGACUCUUCAAAUGCAAAACUCUUGAAGAAAAGGAUCAAGAAGACCCUCUCACUAAUCAGUGACAAGCCUGCAUACAAAGAUACAGUACAACAGUUGAAUGAAGAGCUAGACUCUCUUGACAUGGAGAAAGUCGACAUUAGAAAACAAUUCCCAGAUUUUGAUAAAAUCGUCAAGAGAGCCUUCAGCAACACGCUUGAAUUCGACGAAAAUGAAGACCUUCAAGAAGGGCAGUCCAUCAACGACCUUUCAUCGAUGGUCAAGAAGAAGAAAUCAAAGAAGUAG